AUGGACCCAGUCAGCUCUGCAGCGAGCAUUAUUGCAGUUGUGCAGCUUUCUGGAUCCGUCAUUAACCUAUGCUACAAUUAUGUGAAAAGUGUCCGAGACGGUCGCAAGGAAGUCAUGCAAUUUGUCGAAGAACUCAACGACCUGAAACGCAUCCUUGAAAGGCUGCUGGAGAUCGCUCUAAAACAUGAGACUUCACAGUCGCCUUUCCCAAUGCCAAUGUUGGAAAUAUUUGGCAACGAUGACAGUAUUUUGACAGAGUGUGAAAACUUUCUGAAACAACUCGAGCCGCGACUUAAACCGAAUGGAUUAAAGGGGGCUGUACAGGCUCUUAAAUGGCCCUUGAAAGAGAAGGAGACAAAGGCGGAGCUUGAGAGGAUUGAGCGGCUGAAAAAAAGCUUGACUCUCGCGUUGGCAGUCGAUAAUACAGCUUUAGCAUUGGACACCCACCAGAUAGCCAGCGGGUGCUUUCGGAUUUUGACCUCAAUAGCAGAGGCUUUUGUACCGUUUCAGCGAGCAAAUAAUCGGCGCCUGAUUCGCCAAUGUGUUGAUGCGCUCAACCUUUCUCUCAACCACAAUAUUUCAUGGCGCCCCUCUAUGGAUGUGUCGACUCUGCAAAGUCAGGCAUACCACGAGUGGAAGACCAAUAAAAGUCCGAUAAUGUGGCCGCAGGGUAUCCGCGGAUGCGCCAGAGCCAAACUGCUUGACGUGCUAGAUGCUAUCAACCGAUUUGAGCUUCUUCAGAUGUUGGCUUAUAUGAGCAAGUGGAACACUCAGGACCGGCACAUUCUUAUCCCAAGUUCAUCUGUUGUCGAUAUGAGGGAUCAGGUAAAGCUGCUAGCCAAUCUAAGUUGGAAUGCACCCGACGAACGCAAUCAAACCUCACUUCUUUCCGCAGUUACUUGGCCCAUGAUGGUCUUAGUUAAGCUUUCACUUGAAAAGCAGGUCACAAUCACUCAGGACGUCAUAGAAGUCGUGAUAGAAAGACACAGUGUUGAGUUCUUAUAG